AAAAAAACAUUAGUUGAUCAUUUACUUUGCAUUGCGUCUAUCUACGUUACAACAAUCCGAAAGCGUCUUUGUAAAUUAGUAAAUAUUGAACCUUUGCGUCGAGCUGGCUGAUGCGUCGUCGAAAAGAAUUCAGUUCAGGUGUCAAACGCGAAACUUUACAUCUCGAAGCGAUAAAUACACGACUUGGGCUACUUUCAUAAUCAGAUAGAGAAACAGUUUCUCAGACGAGUCGUAAAUUUGAUCGCUAUAAUUAUUCCAGAAAUAUCUGCAAAUGUAUUUAAACUAGAAAUUUUUGACUCGAUCCUUGUCACCAAGUUUGCGUAUCAGGAUAAAUGAACUGGUACUGUGUAGGAAAAAACCCGAGGGUAACGAUCUACUGAAAAUGAUCCACGCGUGAUCUCGAGAGGAUAUUUUUAAUAAAAAUAAAGGAUUCCAUCGUCAGCAGAACCUUUAUUUACGUGCAAGCGAUCAAUAGCCAGGAAAACAUCGAUUACGUCGACAUUUAAAUCGGCUAAAUGAAACGUCGUGCUCGGACAAGAAAUAUGAGGAAGAGUUGCGGACAAAGAGACAUAUGGCGAUUCGAAGCAGACCGCGAAAGAGCCAUCAAUCGAUUGAUACGUCUGUCCAGCUCUGUCCUCGAAAAACAUAAGGGUUCGAAUUAUACGUAAUGUACGUAUAUUGAAUUACUGGAAAACGUAGAAAGAAUGAAAAAGUAGAUAAAGAUGGAGCGAGCGAGCGACGACAAUUUCGGUAUGCUUAUUAGGGCAAAGUAACUCGUGCCUUUCGCUCGACCAGAAGAACUGGUCCUCGUGAUUAGAGCGCGACCACCGGGAUUCGAAAAUAUCAGCUUUCGUUCGCUAAAACUGCUACGUUGGGUUUAAUCGAGCGAACUGAUCGUUGAAAUGUAAACGAUCCAUCGAAGCGAACAUCGUCGAGUGUCACGUGGCGAACGCUCGAAAAGAGGAAGAGGAACGGAGCGAAGAAGGUUGACGAGCGAAACGAGCUAAUUGCGCGUAAUUUGCUCCGUUUCGAUCCGGCGGGACGCGAACUAGCCAAGAGAAUGAAAUUACAAAGAGGUGGGGGCCGUUUACAGUUAAGCGAGAGAAGAAAAAGAAAGAGAGAGAGAGAGAGAAAUCUCGCUAGCAAAGAGAAGAUUCCUUCUCCGGCAACGGGGCAACCUUUCUUCUGCAUCCUGCUCGGCCGUCAGCCGAAUAACGGAGAUCCCGCGGAUGCAGGCCGAGCGCUCGGCUAGGCUGGGCUCUACUCGGCUGCACUCGGCUCGGCUCGGCGACGUCAUCGCGCCGGUUCUCGCGAGAUCUCGUACUUCUAGAUCGAAAUCGGUUAGCGCGGUUUCCGGUUUGAAGCUCGCGAAUUCUCGCCAUUUGUUUCUAUCGUCUCAUUUGCCAGAGAACUCGAUGCGAAACGCAUCGUCGGAUAAGUCGUAAACCUUUCUGAGCUCGCGUUUUCCACAGAAAGAACGAAAUUUUCCACGGAUGGAAUAAUGGCAGAGGAUUAUCGAACAGAUCGGCGCGUAUUUGGUUUUAUUGGUUCGUUGCAAAGUACUGGGAAUAAAGUUUACGAUUCGUACUAGGAAAUGCUCAAAGAUUUAUCCGACGAUCGAAUAGAUAGAGAUAGAAACAGAAAGGUGCGACACGUACGAGAAAGAGGAGAAGCGUCGCGAGACACGGCAUGGAAGCGAGCGGCGGAGAAUACGGCUCGAUUCGAAAAUCGGUAGUAACUAGGUAGCCAAGGAGGCACGUACCCCUACUCCGAGAGGAAGGUUGCGACCAGUUGGCCGGCUCUCGCUCGGAACAGGUGGGCUCGAGUCGAGAGAGUCUCGGCCUGCCGCUUACCGCGCACGGAUCGAGUUUGUCGUUCGACCGGUCUCUCGAGUUCUCGUUUUCGGCCACGAAAAAGUUCAACUAAACUAGCCGAAAUAUGCAUAUAUAAACGAGUCGUUAACAGAGUCGUUAAAUCAGCCGGUGGUUUACCAGCUUCGUUCUGGUUCGCGUUCAUCGCCAACUCGAACAAGAGCGCGUAGUGCGCGUUCGAAAUCGCCGCGUUCCAUUAUCGUUCGUCGACACGAGUACGCGCGAGAACAUCGACCGCGCCGAGUCAGGAAUUCUCUCGACGAAUUCUCUCGUCCUCUCGGCGCGACCUCUCGGCUCGACGCGUACGGCUUCGCGCCGCCAAACAUUCGCGGUGCCGCGAAUGAUACGAAUCGACGAUCGAAUCAGCGGAUAAAUCGGCUCGCUUCCGAUCCUACGGAACCGCGACGAGAUCUCUUGCCGCGGAACGAGCAACGAUCGCCGACCCGAUUUUGCAUGGGUGUACACGUAAGUGAAUCAGAACAAGUUCGAGACCGACCGAGCCCGAUGACAGAGCUCGUGAACGAUCCUUACGAUUAUCACCCUUCACCGAUCGAUAUCAAUGACAACAACGACGACGACAACGACGACUACGACGACAACGACGAUGACGACGUGCUUCGAUCCUGGCUAGUACUAGUCACGCAAAUCUUCGACGUGAAAGGAAAACGCGCUAAAAAGGAGAGAAGCGAGGCCCACCGUACCGAUGUCACCGGCAGAAUGGCCAGGGAUCGUUCCGGUUCAGAGUAUUCGGAGAACAUGAGCGACGCCACGACUUGCAGCUGCACGACGAGUUCCGCUGACAAGGCUAGUAGCGCAUGUUAGAGUAAAAUCUCGUUUGUAAGGGAUAGCGGUAAGUCGCGAUAAAUCGGAUCGGUCGCGCGCGAUUGGCGCGUGAUCGAUCGGUUUCGGAAGAACGAUACGGGCUACAGCCGUGGCUCGAUUCGGCUCGGCUCGGCACGGCUCGGCUCGGCUUGAAACAGCGCGAAUCACUCUUCCGGAAGAGAGUACGAGAGGUAUGCGAGACGGCAGCGUCCGAUAAUGGGAACGACGGUGGUGGUGUUUUCAGUGUUCGUUGCGCGGCUGCGGUAUGUUUCAAGAGCCGUUUUUCCUACAUCCACCUGGCUCGCGACCACGCGAUGGAAUCUACAUAAAUCCGAUGAGCGCGUACAUCGGCGAGCCUGUCAAGCCGAAGGAUACAGAGUCCUUUUA